UCUCUACUUGCUGACUAAAGAGCAGAUGCUUUUGUCUGUCGCCUAUCGCACAAUAAAACAGUAAGAGGCUUACCGUGCACGAGCUUCUGCAUCUUAGCCAGGCUGCCCGUCGUGCGCACGCGCGCUCACUCACUCGAACCCGCGCGGAGGUGUCAGACCGGCGUCUCCGACCUCACCGGCCAGUCGUCACACGAUGGAGCCCGGGCGCCUCUGUUGAACGACGCCGGCGUGUUGCGCUCCGCUAUCUCCGACGACCAGCAUGGCGUGCGGCCGCUUCUGGACCUGGCAGGUCCUCCUCACCAUCUCCGUGCUUUUAAUCCCCGCCGCUGCGCACGGGAGGCAUUCAAUGACUAGACGUCACCAUCACCGCAACCAGUCAUCCAUCAGCCGAGAAACCUCCAAUACCGGAAUGGGCCUAAGCGAAGACUCGGCAGAGCGAGACCACCUGAUUGAAGCGGGGCGUCCCAUUUUUUCCAAACAUCACCGCUCCCAUAAACACAUUCAUCCAGAUCCAGAUCCCGUGGGCGAGGAGCUCACCGCAGGAGGAGCGGGACCGGAUCAAAACCCAUUGUCUGACGACAUAAUCGCCGUGGAGUUCCACAGUCCGGCACCGGAGAUCCUACCGGCUGAUGAUCUACCGAAACCGCAGAAACAAAAAGGAGGCGAUCCCACAGCUUGGACGCUGUCGGAUUUUUACGACUACCUGUCCCCCGAUGACGACCUCUCGGCGUCUGCACCCACCCAAGAGCCGGAACCGUCCCCUUCGCCCCCGGCUGACAUGGAAGACGAGAACCCGCUUUUGGCCAGCGCUCCCGUUCGUCCUGUCAACGCCCAACCCCCAGGAGAGAAUAAACCCGUCUCACCUUCGCUAGACAACGAUGAGAACUUGAGCUUGGGAGGCGCCAUGGGAAGCGACGGGUGCAGGCUGGGUUUCGUGCGCUCGGGACCCGGCAUUUGCGUCUCUCAGUGCGACGUUGAACCCAAUUUCUGCUUCAAUGAAGGUGUUUGCACUGUUGUGGCUGGAGUAGGAGCUUUCUGCAGAUGCAACGUGCAAGACUACAUCUGGAACAAAGGCACGCGCUGUGACUGGGCCGUCACCGAAUUCCAGGUGAUGAGCGCGCUAGUGGGCGUGGCCUCGGUGUCGCUCCUCCUCAUCUUUAUGAUCGUGGUAUUCUUCGCGAAAAGACUGCACCGACUCAAGAAAGAAAACAAGCGGCUUCGCAAGCGCAGUAAGUACCGUCCGCAGAGCACCGAACCUCAAACGGACGGUCUUUCGGUGUCCACCACCGCCGACGGCUCUCAGCCAAACGUAAGGAAACUCUGCGAUUCUCCUCCGCCCGUGCCCCAAGCUCAUACUCACAACCUGGCGUACUAUGACAACAUUAUCUGUCAGAGGCCAUCAUCAACCACCUUUACCUGGGAAUUUAAACCCAGAAACUCUUAUAACCACUACCAGGACGACCCCCAGAAGCAGGAGGACCCCGCCAAGUCCCCCGCAGGCAAAGAAGAGGGCGCCAUGAACAUCCUCAACUCUCAUUCCCCUAAACACGAGAACAACCGCCCUAACUCGGUGGUCCGCGACAGCGCCGACGACAACACCGAGGACGGCGUGACAAUCGGUCUGGAGGUGCUCCUCCCCAAAGACGCCAAGCUACGUCCCGAGAAGAGCCCCCCUGUCCAGUACGACGUCUUCCUCUACAAAGUGACCAACAACGGCGAGCCGCCCGCUUCCAACUCUCACCAACACGCCUCAAAAUCCCCCAAAAAUACAAAAUCCCCUAAACGCAACAAGGAUCACCGCCACCGCCACUCCUCCCCGUUCCUGCACCCCUCACCCGGCGGAUACCCCACACCCAGUCGGCACUCGGCGCCCGGGGGGUGCUCGGCCCCCGUGCGCCACCCGAGUGCCCACCCCUGUCCUCGAUCUCGCCCUUCCAGUUCUUUCUACUCCGGCUCUGAACGAGACGAAUCACGGAUUCGUCCGUCUCCUUCAUCUCCUCAUCUCACUCAAUCCUCGCCAUCAAGAAGCAAGUGCAGCCCGGUCAGCACCCGGUCCUUACCGCCACUUUCAUGAUAUUUCCAAAACGGCAGCCAUUAGGCCACUAACCUCCAUUAGGCAGAAAGCUCGUGUUCUAACACUAUCAAACCCUCCAAGUUGCGUCAAACUCAGGUUAAAGUCAUAAUAAUAUGCACAAAACGACCCGAAAAGUGUGAAUAAGCUGUCCUAACCUGGUGCCAAUGUCAGUUCAUUUUUAUGAAAGUAGAUUGUUUUAUGAAAACAUCUUUUUUUAUGAGUAGUUUUGUUACAUUUUACAUGUUUUAUUCCCUAAUAAAUGAUGAAACACUGAUGAGUAGUUUUUUUUCUAAAUGAAAUCGUGAAAAUUCCGUUUUUACAUGAGAAAUAACCUCUGCUGCCCUCUUGUGGCGAAGGUAUCUACUGCAACACUAUAAAAUCGUCUGCUGUAUGAAUAACGCAUUAUUUUCAAACGAUUUAGUGGAGGACUGGGAAAGAUAUUACAAUUACAAUAUUUAUUUUAAUAUUUUUAUAUGUCCAUGCUGAUUUGCGUAUUUUAUUAAUUAUUUCAAUGUGUAAUCCAGCAGUUUAGAAAAUGUAUAAUUUCCCGUUUCAAUAUUUACAUCCAUUUUUUCAUGUUACAUUUAACAUUUCAUUGAAGAAUUUUUUUUUUUUAACUUUAGUUUUUGAUUCA